CUCAUGGUUAAAGGAUUCAGCCUGGGAACUAGUUUUGUAUCAAUCGCCCUCAAGGUUUUUCUCUUCACAUUCUACCGAGAAAGUUCAAUUGAACUACACACAACUCUUCAUAAUUAUCAUAAAGAGUCCAUGAGCGAUGAAAAUUUGCAUCAAUUUGUACUGAAAAGAGUAACGGGAUUCAGUCGUUUGACUUUGAUUUUGACAGUUCUCGUCUAUAAUGGGUGCUUCAUGUAUUUGUUUAUUCCCUUGAUUACAAUAAUUGUGGAAAAAUUACAACACGUUCCUAUAACGUAUCUGCUACCGGUGACAGCUCUGUAUCCAUGGGAAAUAUCUCCCGGUGGAUUACUCUAUACACUAACGUACAUAUACGAGGGCUACAAUAUAUUGUGUUUAGGUAUCGUUACAUGCGGAGUCGACUCUCUAUUCGGAUAUUAUAUUUUUCACAUAAUCGGACAGCUUCGGGUUCUCAGCUAUGACAUAAUGACCAUCAAAUCUGCGUGCAAUGUCGACGUACUCAUACGUAAAUGGAUUAAAAAAUUUGUUGUCCUCAAGGGAUGCUGUAAUAUCUUGCAAAAGAUAUAUGGACCUAUUAUUGUCUGGCAGAUUGUAACGAAUUCAGCGGUCAUUUGUACAGUAUUGUUUCAAAUUUCACAAGCAAAACGACUGUCUCUCGGGAGAUAUAUCCUCAUCAUCGGCUACAGUGGAACCAAGAUAAUACAAACGUAUAUAUACAGCUGGGCUGGAUCUGUCCUGAUGCUCGAGAGUGAGGGGCUGUCAGAGUCCGUCUACUUCAGCAACUGGCUGGAGCAAUGUCAACGGUUCAAGACAUCAAUUCUCUUCAUCCUCACACAGAAACCUCUAAAAAUCACGGCUGCUAGCUGCAUGACCGUCUCCACCGAAAUGUUCAUCAUGGUAAUAUUUCCUCCAAAACAUAUUGUCAAAUUAAACGUAUUUAUUUAUUUAUUCCAGACAUUGAAUACAGCUGUGUCCUAUUUCUUCUUGCUGAAGACUUUUGAAGAGCAGCAAUCAUAGAUUCCCAACUCCAAGUACACGCUGUAAUUAUUCGAGAUGUGGAAUUGCAAUCUCUCACUGAUACUAAUGUAUUUCUGCUCGAUUAGAGUUGAUAGCUGCGAAAGAUAUAUUCCAUCGAGUGAUUUUCGAUGUCUGGGAAUUUAUUGAACAGUUCUACGAUGGAAUAAAAUGCCAGAGCUGAUUGAUAAGAUGAAUUUUAUCCCGAGGAAGUCAAUCAUCAACAGCUGUA